UUAUUUUUUUAAUUUAGGAAAAGAAAAUUAAUCAAACGGUAUGGUUCAGAAAAUGGAAUAUUCCACUGGGCAGCAUUAGGGUUCUUGCCUAGCCAAAAAUUUAUAAAUCAUUUGAAGUUCAAUUUCACAUACUUGGCGGCUUUGAAGAAAACGUAACCAUGGAGCAAACUUUUAUCAUGAUCAAGCCUGAUGGCGUCCAAAGAGGACUGGUUGGUGAAAUUAUUGGCAGAUUUGAGAAAAAAGGUUUCACUUUGAAAGGUCUGAAGCUCGUUACCGUAGACCGCCCUUUCGCUGAGAAACACUAUGCAGAUUUGUCUGCUAAGCCCUUCUUUAACGGGCUUGUUGAGUACAUUAUAUCUGGCCCCGUUGUUGCAAUGGUUUGGGAGGGUAAGAAUGUAGUUACUACUGGUAGGAAGAUCAUUGGUGCUACCAACCCUGCAGAAUCUGCUCCUGGGACCAUCCGUGGUGAUUACGCCAUUGACAUUGGCAGGAAUGUCAUUCAUGGUAGCGAUGCAGUGGAGAGCGCAAGGAAAGAGAUUGCUCUAUGGUUUCCCGAGGGAAUUGCUGAAUGGAAGAGCAGCCUUCACCCCUGGAUCUACGAGUAAAUUUCUUUCUUGAGUUGAGCUAUCUCUAUGUACGGCUCAUUUGUUGUGAUUAUUAUAGAAGAAAGUUACUAUCUCCGUCAUAAUUCGUGCUUUCAGACAUGUUUUAAGAAUUAAGAGUGGUGCUCUUGUGCCUGUGGUGAAAUGAUAUGGAUUUGUUAUUGAGGAUGUUUUAUAUCAUAAUGCUAAGUCAAUUUGUCUUUCAUA